AUGGCCUGGGACUCAAAGGCAGCCCGGCGGAGGCAAAGCAGUGCCGCCUCGGGGACAAGGAGCAUUGCCAUUCACGCGAGGCAGCAGGCGAAACGGGUCACUCAACCACAAUCUCAGCAUGUAGCCGACCCUUUUCUUCAAGACUUCUUGAACCCCUCGUUUGAUGCCGCCUCAUAUCUCAACGCCACUCUGCCCCCGCUGCAGACCUCUUCUCGGACACCGGGAAACCAAGCCUCAAGCCAGGGGGCGGUACCCCUCGCAGAGCUCUCCAUCCAGACCCAGACGGCACUGUCCCAGCUCAACGCCCACACCACCAGACUGACCAACACCCUGACCGAGCUGACCAACGACAUCCUCCGGAGCGGCAGCCGCCUAGCCUACGAGGUCGAACUGCUGCGCGGCGAGACCCUGGGCCUGUCAGAGACGCUGUCGGAGGGGCUCGAGGACGACAUCGCCAAGUUCGUGCCGGGCGGCGUGCGGGACACUGUCGCGGAGCCUCGGGCGACCGCCGACGGGCAUGGCGCGUCGUCGUCACACCAGCGGCGCAUGUCCAUCCUCACGGGCGCCCCACCCACAACCGCACCAGCAGCAGCACCAGCAGCAGCCGAAACCACAACCACCACCCCACCCGCCGCAACCGAAACAGCACCAGCACCAGCACCAGCAGCACCAGUAGCAGCACCAGCAACACCCGACGAACCAGCCUACAUCACGCAACUGCGCACGCUGACACUCGUACGGUCGCGGCUGGACGCCGUGAUCAAGACCUUCGGCGAGGCGAUGGAGUUCGUCCUCCCACCCUCCGAAGUGUCCGUCAGCUCCUCCUUCCUCUCCGUCUCGGCGCCCGACGCCGGCGGCGCCAACCACAGCACCGAGGAGAAGGGCCAGCAGGUGCUGCGGGCGCUGCGGGACGAGAUCUCGCGUCUUUUGGAGGGGGGUGGUGGUGGUGAGGGUGGUGGAGGUGAGGGUGGGGGUGGUGAGGGUGGUCAAGGUGGGGGUGACCCGAUUGCGGGUAUCGAGGCUGCCGCGCGCCGGAUCGAGCAGCUCAAGGACCUGGCGGCCGUGUGGAAGGGGACGGCGGAGGAGAAGGGGCGGGCGCGGUUUAUCGAGUCGCUUGCUAAGACGGUGGAGGAUCGUCAUAGGGAGCUGCUGCGUGAGGUGGAGCAGGCUGGGCGCCGGGCUGGUGUGAGGUCUCAGGUGGAGGUCGGUGGUAACGCUGCGAAGGCGGCUGGUGAGGGUGCGGCUGAUGCUGCCGGGCAGGCUGAGGCUAAGGGCUACGGUGCGUACGGGCUGAUCAGCCAGCUGCAGAAGUUGAGGAAUGGGCUUUGA